GCUGGUGUUUCUAAUUGGGCAUUUGUGUUUCCUGGGGAGGCUGUUCCAUUCUUGUGUCUGAAGCACUUUUGGCUGGAGGUGGGUAAUGAAUGGGGAGAGGUAGAAGGGGAAGGUUGAGCGCUUCACACUGGGAGGAGGUUUGGAGCUGCGAGUAGGAAAACCAUUCAGAUGGGGCAGAAUCAGACAGAUGAGGAUAAGGAGCCACUCAGACAGGCAUCGGCAGAAUAAGGAGGGAUAGAAAGUCUUUUCCAAAUGGGACACUUGCCUUGAAUAGAUCAUGACAAGACAGAGGAGUUUGGCUCUACAAUUAACCGCUUCCCGACUGCCUCCCAGAAUUCUGCCCCUCCUGUAACCUGCAAUCCUAUUGCCCCUGCUGGGAGGCAGAUUGGAGAUGUUCAUGGUUUUGCUUCUAGAGAGUCUCCAGCUGCUGCUGCUGAAAUGAUUCACUCCUAGAGCUCUGGCCAGCAGCUGUGGUGCUGAAAUGGACAGCUCCCAUCAGAAUGGGCAGCAGCUCAACGACACCUGGAGAUUCAGCGGAGGAGACAACAUUCUGGGGGUGCCAGACUUUUCCUGGACCGUCUUCCUGGCUGUCCUGAUGGGGGUCCUGAUAGUUACCACCGUGCUGGGGAAUGCUCUGGUCAUGCUGGCUUUUGUUGUGGACUCUAGCCUCCGAACCCAGAACAAUUACUUCCUUCUCAACCUGGCUAUCUCCGAUUUCUUUGUAGGAGCCCUGUGCAUCCCUCUGUAUGUGCCAUACGUAUUGACUGGCAGAUGGAGCUUCGGCAGGAACGUUUGCAAACUGUGGCUGGUUCUGGAUUAUCUGCUCUGCACCUCGUCUGUGUUCAACAUCGUGCUCAUCAGCUACGACAGGUUCAUCUCCGUGACCCGGGCUGUCAGUUACCGAGCUCAGCAGAGCAACAGUCGGCAUGCAGUCCUGAAAAUGACCAUGGUGUGGAUUUUGGCCUUUCUCCUGUAUGGACCAGCCAUUAUCACAUGGGAAUAUAUUGCAGGUGGCAGCAUUAUUCCAGAUGGGGAAUGCUUUGCCGAAUUCUUUUACAACUGGUACUUCCUCAUGACAGCUUCCACGCUGGAGUUCUUCACGCCAUUCAUCAGUGUGACCUACUUCAACGUCAGCAUCUAUAUGAACAUUCAAAAGCGAACCAUGGCACGGCUGGACCUUCUACAGGAAGUCCAAAGUCACACGACCACUGAUGACAUCAGGGUGCCUCCUGAAAAAGCCAGGUCCAGCUCCUUGAAAUGUUGGAAGCUGCAUCAGAAGAUGACCAGAUUUGGUGGGUCUGAUCAUCAGAAGACCAUUAAGUUAACAGAAUCGGAGAUGAUUGAAAGGGUGAGGGGAAUUAAAAGAAACUCUUUCAAUGGGAGCACAGGGUCUGCCAUGGGUAAAUCAAGGUCUGCCAGGAGGAGUUUUAAUGAAUCUAGCUCUACCCCAUCUCUCGAGAAAAAGAUGAGAGUGGUUUCUCAAGGAAUUGCUCAACGGUUCCGCCUAUCAAGGGACAAAAAAGUUGCAAAGUCACUAGCAGUUAUAGUGUGUGCAUUUGGGCUGUGUUGGGCACCAUACACUCUUUUGAUGAUCAUUAGGGCAGCUUGUAGGGGACACUGUGUUCCAAAUUACUGGUAUGAAGCUUCCUUCUGGCUUCUGUGGGUCAAUUCUGCCGUCAACCCAAUCCUUUACCCUUUGUGCCAUAACAGCUUCAAAAGGGCAUUUAGGAAGAUCCUUUGCCCUCAAAAACGGAAACUCAAAGCCAACGGUAAGUUCCAUUACUGCUGGAAGUGAUCACCAGAGAGCACAUAAAUAUCUCAGAAACACAGAUGGAGAGUCCAAGAGGAAUAGGUUUUUGGAAACUCUUCUGAAAAGUAAUGGAAACAGUCUGGUUCCAGUCGGUUUCAUCACAUUGCUUGCAAACAAAAAGCUCUCAUACUCGGCAUCGUUUGUGGCCAAUAUGUUUCUUCCAUCUGCUGGGACGGUCCAGACAGGAUAUGGUGCUUUCUAGAAGGAGGGUGGUCCAUUGUUUCUUGAAUUUGUUGUGCCAACAGUUCAUGACAGAAAUGACUACGACUUCUUACUGUGACCUCAUGGAUGUAGGAUUGGACUGGUCCAACACUACUACCACCACCACUUAUUCCCCUCUCUGGGUACAUUCUCCCUGUUUGUUCAGAACUAUGGAAAAUUCCAGGCACAUUAGCUUUACAAGCUCUAAUCAGCCGGCAUCUGAUAAUCCCCUGUUGACUGCAGAGCAGGGGUUUAAAUGUGCAUGAUGGCAAGUGAGGGUAUUGCUCUGACAAGCCAACAGCAAAUGCAUUCAGUUGUGUCAAAUGAUCAAACAAAACAGGCUUCAAUAUACUAACAAAUAGUUAUAUCAAACCAUGGCCAAGGCAGAUGAAACUUGCCAACAUUGGAAUAGAGAAUUGCAGAGGUAUUUGUAUAGCAGGGGAGUCACAUUUGUCAAUUUCAUAUAGCUAUUUUGUGUUACUAAGCACUAUUCAAUAGAAGCACUUAGCAUUACUGAUCAGGAACAGCCUCCAAGGUUUGCUCAUAGCCUGUACAGAGAAAUACCACAGAACUAUGCCAGUAUAUGUAUUCCCCUGUACUAAGCACAAUU